AAUAAAUAAAAUAUAAAAGAUUUUAGUAAUAAAACGUGUGUUACGUUACGCUGUUACAUACCUACACCCACCCACCUGUUCGAGCGUUACGUAAUAUUUGAAUGGCCCCUAUAUGCAUUUACAGACACAAGAUGGCGGAGAAAAAAUUAACUCCUCAGACUUACGCUUUUUUUUAUUUAUUUGUACAUGUAUUUACAGACUCAAGAUGGCGGAGAAGAAAACAGGCUCGUCAGACUGAGUCGGAGUUUAUUGAAAGCUGGCAGAGUGGAAAAUCUCUCUCUCAAAGUCUGGUGUACGCACGUGACCACACGAUUAUGUGUGACGUCACAUUCAACGUGGGUGAACACAAGAAGUCCAUCGAGGCUCACAAACUGAUCCUGAGUUUACGUAGCCGCGUCUUUGAGGCGAUGUUGACUGGACCCAUGGCUGAGCAGGGCAGCAUUGUGAUCCCGGAAGUAGAUCCUGAUAUAUUUGAGAAGUUUUUGACGUUCCUGUACACCGAUGACGUCAUCACGGAUGGUAGCAAUGUCAUAGGCUUGUUAUAUGUAUCGAAGAAGUAUGAUGUCAGCACUUUACAAGAGAAAUGUCUGACAUAUUUAGAGACAUCGAUGACGUCAAAGAAUGCGUGUUUCAUCUUGGAACAGGCUCAUAUCUACGAGGAAGAAGAUCUCAAAGAAAAAGCUCUGAGCUGUAUUAGAAACAACGGGGACGCUUCUUUGAUGUCAGGUGAUGUUGUUCACCUGUGUCGGGGCUGUUUGAGUUACGUCAUACAGUCAGAUCAGCUGAUAGCCAGCGAGGAGACGGUAUUUGAAUCUGUUCUGUCUUGGAGUGAGAGCGCGUGCAGGAGUCAGGGAAGGGAGGUAACUCCGCGGAACAGACGAGACGCUCUAGGAGAUGCCGUUCUGCACGUGCGGUAUCCACUGAUGUCUCAGAAAUACUUUGUUAACAAAGUUUCGCCGACGGAACUGCUGACAGCGUUAGAAGAGAAUAAGAUAAUGAAGUAUUUUGUGUGUCCUGACAAAGAUGUGUCACCUUUCAACUCACACCAGAGGAACAAGUCAGUCACUGCACGCGGCAGAAAACAAAGAAUUAUAACACGUUUUGAUAGAUGUAGAUAUUGGUGGGAUUGGGGGUGCUCAGGGAACCACGAUACUGGAAUCAUGUUUAGCACCAAUACAGAUACAUCACUUGCAGGUUUCCAGUUAUAUGGUGCAUGCGACAACACGUCACAGACAUAUCAUAUCAAAGCGUUCGUAACUAAAAUCUCGACAGAUGAACUGGUGGAAGGAUCACAGAUAACACAAACUGUUGUAGCUGACAAUGAGACGUAUGACGUGUACUUUGCACGUGCUCUACAGCUGGUUAAAGAUGAGAAAUACAAUCUGAUUGUAAACAUCACAGGACCAAGCACAUACAGUGGCGAGUAUGGCAGACUCAGAGUAGAUGACGGCGACUUCAGUUGUUCUUUCUUUGAUUACCAGAAAUCAAGACACAGUAGUAAGGGAUCUAAUGGCACCGGUGUUACCAGCGGACAGAUUCCUGGCUUACUGUUUCUAGUUUAAGACGACACCUUAGAGAUUUAUAUCUAUAACUGUCAUAGUUACUGUCUGGGAUGUCGCUACUGAUGUUGAUGCAGAACAGAUCCCGUGCUUGCUGUUUCUAGUUUAAGACGACACCUUAGAGAUUUAUAUUCAUAACUGUCAUAGUUACUGUCUGGGAUGUCGCUACUGAUGUUGAUGCAGAACAGAUCCCGUGCUUGCUAGUUUCUAGUUUAAGACGACACCUUAGAGAUUUAUAUUCAUAACUGUCAUAGUUACUGUCUGGGAUGUCGCUACUGAUGUUGAUGCAGAACAGAUCCCGUGCUUGCUGUUUCUAGUUUAAGACGACACCUUAGAGAUUUAUAUUCAUAACUGUCAUAGUUACUGUCUGGGAUGUCGCUACUGAUGUUGAUGCAGAACAGAUCCCGUGCUUGCUGUUUCUAGUUUUAGACAUUUGACAUCCUGUUGUA